CAAGCUCUUUAUAUACUGACCUAUUAUCAUUUUUGCUGUUCGACUAUAGCAUCUGAAUAGCUAUUUUUUUCAUAAGGAGUCGCAGAUAUAAAGACUGAGGCUUUCAUUUUUACUUUUAGUGAAAUUGUACACACAAAUAUAGUUUUAUAAAGCAAGCAAAGAGCGUAUUUCCUCUUUUUAACUAAUGCAAUACGUAAUGCCUUGCCACCGAAGGCUAAAGUUUUACUUUUUUUUCCUCAUUUUGUCUUGGAGUAUUUUUUGCUCGUCCCUUGUUUCUGGCGAGGAUGUGUCGGACGAAAUCACGAUUAAUGGAGCCACAUUCUUUUGGGAUCGAAUAUUAUCAAAAAAUGAAUUGAAACUUCUUAUUCAUAAAGGCAUACUGAAAUCUAUGCAAGAGGCAGUCGAUGAUCCCAAUAUUACGAUUGAAAUAAAAAAUCUGAAUACCUCAGGACCCAGACUUCGAAUUUCGUAUAUAUCAAACGAUGUUACUAAGACGAAACCGGAUGCUUUCAUUACCAAACCAGUAACACACAUCAAUCUCAUGAUUGAAGAAAUUCUCAAGAGAGCAGAUUUGGAUAUAUACACUGCCACUGUACCCAAAAAAUACUUCUUCGGAAAGGUAUUGGGGCCUCGACCGAAUCAUACGGAAACCUUCAAUACUACUGAGGCCAAUUUUGACAUGUUUAUGUCAGGCCGGUACGAGGACUGGGUGAAUAUUUUAACAAAAGCUUCUAAGGAACUAUCUAUUGCAGUAAGGGAUAGCGUGAUGGUGACGCUCCGACGGCUGAACGGGGACGUUGAGGUGAAGGGCAUUCACUUCUUCCCAGAGCAUAGGAGACUGGUGGUGGAUAAAAAAGGGGUUACGGCUGGCAUGCGUGUGCGUUUUCACACCAUUCAGACAGCACACCGAAAGAAUCUCCACCUUUACGAUGCAUUUGAAGCGGGUAGCGUUCUGGGGGUGCUAAACAGCAGUAAAAUCGAAAUGAUUUACAGGAAGUACGCCAGUCCUGAGGAAGCUAAAGCAAAUAUUUAUGUCAUUGCAGUCCGUGAUGUACCUCUCAAAGAUAUGAAUAUUUUUCAAGAGUACCACCUUUUAUUCUAUGCUUUGGCGCUAGACAUUGCCUUGAUUAUAAUUAUUGGUCUAAUCACAACUUUAUGUAUGUGCCUUAUGACGAGAAAAUCUCGAAAGAAUAAAACGUCAAGAGCUUGA